AUGGUGCUCAAACAGCCAAAAUCGAAACAGGAGAACUCAAUGGGAGACGGGGAAGCGUCUUUUAAUGCUUUCAACAGUCCCAAGAAGCUUCCCGCGUGGUUGGACCAUUUCAAUGCCAGGGAUCUCAAGAUCCUGUUCAAGUGCUCCCUAGCUGUCUGGAUUCUCACCAUCUUUAUUUUCAUCAACGACACCCUGCGAGUGCUUGGCCAGGCGGCAUUCUUCGGAUGUGUUGUCUUGUUUAUCAUGCCGCCUUCGGGCGUUGUGUUCAUCCACUUCAUGGCUGGCCUUAUGAUCUGCGUCGGCCUUGCAAUGGGCUGGGCUUGGGGAGCGAUCACCAUGAAAGCUGCGUUAGCCACAAGGCCGCAGGCUGAUUUGAUGCAACGCUAUGGAGAACUGCAGCAAUCAGCGCCCCAGAACACGACCAAUGUCGGCCAAGCUUCUGGCCAGACGACUUACCAGCAGAUUGCCAUCUACCAAGGAUUUAUGCUCGAUACUCGCGUGAGCGUCACCUACUUUUGCAUGAUGGGUCUGUUUGUAUACUUUAUGGCCCGCGUACGAGUUGCUGCGCCGAAUCUGGCACUCGUGUCAAUCUUUUCCAUGAUAGUUGCGGACAUCUACCUCACAACUGCACCACUAAUCCCCACAUUUCAAGGCACGAUCCCGAAAGUCUUGAUUCUUCCAAGUGCCAUCGCAGUUGGCGUCGGUGUAGUCUGCAACCUGCUGCUCUUUCCACAGUCCACCUCACAAAUUACACUCGGAAGCAUGGCCGGAUUGCUUGAACCCAUGAACAGUUAUGUCAAGUCUCUGAGUUGGCACUUCAGGACGAGAGCUAGGUUUGAACCAGAGCGACUCCAGGAACUAAAGGCAAGUUUGACCUUGGCGUACAAAGGCAUCGAAUCAGCCAUCAAGUUUCUUCCCAUGGACGCCACAUAUCGAAAAUGGAGCCCCAACGAUAUCAAGUCCUUUCAAGAGCCGCUGCGACAAGUCUUGGUCACAUUUGGGGAACUACUACAACUGUCCAUCUCUCGUGAGGAGCUCUUCGCCAAAGACGAUGCCCUGACAAAAGCUGCAGAGGAGCUGGAGAACUCUAGCAAUGAGAAACAUCCACUAGCCUAUCACAUCGCUAAGGCAGCAAAUCUACGAGAAAUCACGAGACAUCCCGACACCGAAGAGAUGAUCAUCAAGACCACUGACGCACUGUCUGUAUGCGCUGGCCCGCUGAUUCAAAAUCUAGAUCAAAGCAUCGAUGCUAUCAUUCAGACACUGUCGGGAACCUCGAAGAAGGAUCCAGUGCCCCAGCACGAGCAGGUUCUCAUGUCCCUGCAAGAAUCGCUGGAAGACUUCGAGGACACGGCUGCAGAGCAACUAAUCGCCCCCCAUGCCCACCUGUUUGAUGCUGAUGGCAAGAUCAUCUACGACGAUCGUCGUGCCCCUCCUCUUCUCGGCCUCAUGUCUGGUCUUCUGUAUCAAGAGCGACUGAUCAACCUCGCCAAAAACAUUGCAGCUGUUCUAGAAAGAGCCAUCGAGACCGAAAAGAUCCGACCAAAAAAGCGCGUGUGGCUUCCCGGAGGCCUUCACAACAUCUUUUCGCUCAUGUUCUCCCAUGAGGCGCCACCUUCAACGAUCCCCAAUACCACAGAUCUUGUUAGGACCAUGUCUGUAGUUUCUAGGCCUGAAAAGAAAUCGGGACUUUUUAGUAAGAAGGCCAAGAGCAAGGUCGAACCCGAAGCGGACAAGACUGCGGCAACCCUUUUGGCAGGCAUGCAACAGCCAACUAGCCGUCAACGACGCAAACCAAGCCUUAUUUUCUUGUCACUGGUGAACUUCUUUACGAAUGUUGAAGGACUCCACGCUUUACGUGCUCUAGUUCUAACAAUCGCUCUUGCUGUUCCUGCUGUCAUACCGUCAUCUGCCGGCUUCUACUACCGGGAAAAGGGAAUGUGGGCUCUCAUCAUGGCCCAAAUGGCUCUUGAGCCAUAUAUGUCGGAUUUCAAUUCUGGAAUUAUCAUUCGAACUCUGGGCACUGUCGCUGGCGGCGUUCUUGGUCUCGUGUGCUGGUACAUCGGCGCAGGCAAUGGUCCAGGUAAUCCAUAUGGCUUAGCCGCUAUCAUGGCCGUUGCUAUUAUCGGCAUGAUGUGGUGGAGGCUGUUUGCUCCGCCCCAACAUAUGGCGGCUGGUAUUAUGCUUACAUCAACUAUGUACAUGGUUGUGUCAUACAGCUGGGUUGACACGCACAUUCCCACCUAUGGUAAUCCAGGCGUAGGAUACGACGUUUUCUGGCGAAGAAUUCUCCUCGUCCUGAUAGGAUUUGGCGCGGCUGUGCUCGUCGCUCUUCUUCCGCGACCACUCUCCGGAAACAGGCAUUAUCGGCAAAUCUUGUCUAGUCAUCUCUCCAGCAUCCGAGAUCGCUACGCUCUGCUUAUAACAGUUUGGCGCUCACCACCCAGCGACUUCGAAAAGGUCAUCGAGAAGGAAACAACCACGUAUGAGGAGCUUCUGAGCUCCAUCGCGCUCCCCAUACUCAAGACGAAGUUCGAGUUCUCCACGUCAAACAUCGAUACCGAAACACUCAGUCGCGCCAAUCACCUGUGCAUGAACCUCAACGUGUUCCUUACACAGUUCAGCUUGACCGUCACAAAACUGCCUCUCCCAGUUCGCGAAAGAUUCCGGCAAAGGGUGAGUGCAGGAGACGAAAACAUGAUCGCGGAUCUGAUGUCAACUUUGACACUUCUCCAACACUCUUUGAUGUCUGGAGAGUCACUCCCAGCAAUCUUGCCCACGCCGUUGGUUGGUAGAGCAAUGCAGUUCAGGAAGUUGCGGGGCGAAUUCCAAGACGAAGAGAACGUAAAAGAGUAUCUCACUGGACAGGAAGGCCGGCAGUGGUCGGCAGCUGUUUACGCAUUUGUGAGGUUCUUGGGUACUCUUGAUGAGCUUGUCAUAGUUGUGAAGAAAGCUGUUGGUGAACGAUCUCAUAUCAAUGCAGAAGCUUUAGGUGGGAGCAUGUAUUAG